UCUUCACUUCUCUUCCUUCAGUGAACCGCGAACUGCGACGUUGUGCGAACGUAUAUUGCUGUAGUUAAAAAAAUAAAUCAAAAGUAAUCAUUGCUAAUUGGUGUUACAUUGAACAUAGUGUGAGAUCGAAAAAACUAAAUUGAUACUUUUAAGAACGUGAGCUAUAAAAGCUCAAGAAGUUUUUUAACACAAGGACAGUGUUAUGAAAGUUUUAUUACAGGUCAAAUAAAGUGGUUAUCAUUCUUGGUAAAAUUUGUUAAAUUCCGGGAUUGUUUUGUGUUGUAGUCACGACACGGAUUAAUAAGAUCUCUCAUCAUCAUUGCCGGAAUCUUAUAGUCUAAAAAGAUCUGGGACAUCUUUACUGUACCAAAAGUUUUAGAUCGUACAGUUCUAUUGAAAACAGAUACAAGACAGUUGCAAAGGUACUUAACAAUGACAUAAGGCCCUCAACAAAAUGGCGUUACGAUUAAAGAAAGAUAUUAAAAAAGCGUCGUACUAUGUGUGGUUCCUCGGCGCGCAGGAGUCGCGUGGACUCAGAGGUGAAGAGUUCGCGAUACCUGCAAUAAAGAUCCUUGAGGAAAGGGCGAGAGAUUUGGAACCUUUCAAAGUCACUUUACAGCUCUCCCACAAAGGUUUGAAGAUAAUUCAGAACGUGACAGCAAAAGGCAAGCAGCAAACGAUCAAGCAUUUCAUACCCCAUGGCAGUAUUACCAGCGCGGUGGUACAGGACGACGUGGUGGCCUGUGUCUUAUUGCUGUACAAUCCGCUAACAGGCUGUCCUGUUCAUGUGCACGCGUACAGAUGUGACUCCGACAACACAGCAAAAAUGCUGUACUCCCAUCUCCAAGCCCUUAUUGAGCGGCCGGAAAACCAAAAGAAGUUCGCCGACAUCGAACGCAAACUACAGAUGAGAGGUGCUCUGCCUGCUACAAAGAAACCACCAGAUUCAUCACUAGGAAGUGAAGUGUCAAGAGAAUCAGACUCUGGGAGCAAUGAAGAACGAUGUGUGGCCAACCUAUACGAUAGUCUCGCUGCAGAACUUAAGCAAAAACUGUCAACAGGUAAAAAAGGAAUAGGCAAAAGUCCAAUAUUACUGCCACCCAGAGAUUACGACACUGUUCAUCGACAGAAGGGUAAUUUGAGCAAUAUCGAUACACGACGUUGUCUCAACCAAAACAUAGUGGGGGUGAAUGCAAGACGCAAGCUAGAGUCAUCCGGGGGAAGUUCGGGUAUUGGCAGCGACUUGGCACCAUCACCUGAGAGAAAUGACUACGCGAGGCAGCAUGACAACCAUAGUACAAGCGAGGAAGACUGGGCUGAGAGCACAGCCUAUAUGAUGCAUGAAGCGUUUGAAGCAUCUCCACCUCGUCGCGCGGUUUCACCUAGACGUACUUCUCCAGGACGCCGAGCCCUAUCCCCCCAUAGCUACGAUAGGGCGCCUGUCUACAACGAUGACUACAAUGAACAAUUUCGUGACCAGCUAGCCCCCUUCCGUGAUCAAGCAACAUUCGAACGUAGAUUCCGCCAUGAAUCCCUUGAACGUGUCAACAAUCGCCAUGAAUCCCUUGAACGUAUCAACAAAGACAAAACGGAUAAAUUUAAUGACGAUACACCAAGUUAUAGAAGGAGGUACAUUGCAGACACUAAACCGUCCAACAGAAGCAUAGAUAGAGUUGAGGACCGUCGAUUUGGAAAACUUCAAAGAGGAGCUAGUGAAGGAAGCUUGAAAUUAGCUGAAGCCUCCCCCAAAGAUCGAUUCAACGUCGCAAAGGAGAAAUUCAUGAAUUUGGAAAGAGAAAGAUUUAACAGAGAACUUGAACAACAUAUGGCCAUUAGAAGAAGUAUGUUAGAAAGGAAUAGUCGCUCUACUUCUUCCCCGGAGGAAGAAAGAAGAGACGAGCGACAGGAGCGUCACAGAGAACUGAGCUCCCGGAGAGAACCUGAACGUUCUCAUAGAGAUAUAGAGCGUUCUCAUAGGGAGCCAGAAAGACGCAAGGAUUCGGACAGGAUUCGUGACCUAGAUACAAGAGAUUUGGCUCACAGGGAAAUAGAGAGGCUUCCACGGGUUGGGAGGAAACGUGAUGAUUUGAAACGAUACGAGUACGGCACGGAGGAUUACCUUAAUAGGAUUGAGCCUAAACCUCAUAGGGAUGAUUUCGAUAGAUACAGAGAGAGAAAAGAAUUAGAUCGGCGUAUAGAUGAAGAUGAAAUUAUUGAGCCUGUUAUAGAGGACAGGAGGAGGAAUUGGAAUGACAGGCAGAGAGCUUUCAGUCGUUCACGAUUACUUGAUGACCAGCGUCAGUCGUACGCGGAAGGGGAUAGAGAUAGAUAUUAUGACAGAGACUACCGGGACUUCCGCGAACUAGCAGACAGGCAACCUGCUAAAUUCCGACACAGUUACGCGGAGCCUAUUCCUAGAGGUCGCCUCGGUACAGUCAGACCUUAUUGAAUAAAAUGCCAUAAUAGAGUUUUAACCAACCUAGCUGGAUAUUAAAGACGAAUUUCUUAAAUGAAAUAAGUUUGUAAUACCUGCAGUAUAUCAUAAAAUGCAGUCGAUCCUUAUAUAGCGUAAACAGUUCAGUUUUAUUUUUUAAAUCAAACACUUAAUAAUUUGAAUAAUAAAACAUUACACAUUUAGUAAAAAAUAUAGAAAAAAAAGUAUAUUAUAGUGUUACACGUUACAUUUGUUCUUUAUUGUUUCUUCUUUGACAGACAGGAUUGAAAACUUAUUUAAAAUUACCAGUCUAUGUAGGUAAGAUCGAAAUAAACAUGCUGACUGAUUUAUACGCAAAUCUGAAAAUAUAAAACUGCACAGAAUGACAGAGUUUAUUACAUUAUACUUCGUGUAUUAUAUUUGACGUGACGACAUUAGAAUACACAAACGUGUAUUCAGUAUUAGAUAUUAUAGUCAUUUAUAACAUUGUAAGUGCCUAUCCGAUAGCAAUUAAAUGUAUUUAUACUAUAAAUACUCAAUUGAGCCGUUAUUAAGUAUCUGAAUAUUAUUAUUGUAAAUAUAAAUUAUAUCCCAAACAGUACCUUCACAAAUGUUAUAUUUGUAGAACAUAUGAUUAAUUUUGAUUAGAUGUACGUAUUCAUUGUUAUUUUUAUAUAUUUUCGAAAUGCGAUUGUUGAUAAUAAAUAAAAAUAUGCUCUUAAAUUUACAUUUAAAUAAAUUAUAACAAAUGUACCUAUAUAUAUUAUAUGGGAAGAUCAUAAAUUUGUCUUACUUCUAUUGUGUGAAUAAUUGGAUAAAUUGCGAAUAAAAAUAAAUCUAAAACUAAAUAUUAUUUGAAAAUAAUUACCAAAAUAUUUUCUUUCUUUAUUAAAUAGAAAUAAAAAUUUCAUAUUAAUUCAAAUAAAGUAACGAAUAAUGUUCCAAGUAUCCAAAUUGUAACAAAACAAGUGUAUUUUUUUACACAAUACUUACCUAAUUUCAAUUCAAUUUAAUAAACCAUUGUAACUACUUGUUGCUAGUCUAUGUUUUAAUGAAUGUUUAUCACAACGAAAUUAAUUAUUAAUUAUGUUCUUUGGAUUUGUACAAAGAUUUUGACAACCAAUAUUAACUUUGUUUUACGUAGGUGCGGUCUCCUUAGAAGUUAAAAGAGUCGCAGUGUAUAGACCCAUAAACAUUUCAAAUUACCCGCCCGAGUUUAAUAGACAUCCCACGCUGAAGAUGCAAAAUGAAAGGUACUUGCAGUUUUUUUGGCAACUUGAACUAAUGAAUCGUAUUAUGACACGUACAAAGUGGCUGUUCUAACUUCCUGUUGUGUUCCCUUUAUUUACAUGUUACUUUGAGAAAAUAUUACAACGAGAUUAUAAAAUAUAUAACUAAUAAUAAUAUAUUUGUUGUACCUAUUUUUUUUAUAACUAAUUGUACUAGAAAUAGAUAUUAAAUUAUGUAGCACCAGUGACAUCAAUUCAUUUGAAUUCAUACGAUGUACUGUCGAUAUUUGUAAUAUAGAAAUAAAAUAAUUAAAUAUUUACGAAA